AUGGCUUCCGAAAUACCCGUGGCACCAUCGAAGAUCUCAACGGGAAAACAAGGCCGUGUCGAGCUGCAGCCGCCUUCCCAUGCAUGGAUCUCUUGGUGCAUCCUCUUCGCUUACCUCGCUGUUUUUUUUGAGGGCGUCGCCCUCCUGGUGAACGACCACUACGGCCCCGAAAUUUUGCCACGUGUUAGCGCUGCGCAGUUCCACCUUUGCAGCAUCUAUGUGCUUGAGGUGGCGAUAGCCUUGGGCCCCGGCUGGUGUGCGAUGUCACCCGGCUGGACGUCUGGCGAGCUCAUUGCGCACCACGUGCCUUACACUUUUACGGUCAUGUUGUGUUUUGCUUUGAACCAGCAGCACAAGUGGACCUUGCCACUCGUGGUCGUUCUUCUCACGCCCUUGAACGAGGGCCUCUUCAUCGCCAAUAGCCUAGGAGCUCCAGGAUGGGUCGCCAAAGUCCGGCGCCUCUACGGAUUUUCUGUGAUUGUUCUUCUGAUUGGCAGCGAGAUCAGGACUUGGAUGAAAGUUAUGCAGCAGCACUGGGCCGACAGCGCCUUGCUGAUGCUGCUGCUCGACCAGUUGGUCUUGCCUGCGAUCUACUACCACUUCAAGCUGCUCUGCAUGUACGUCAGAAGGUGGAGGAAGACUCGCAGCCUUUAA